AAAGUAGAGACAGAAAAAGUCCACACCAAGAAGCGCGGAAUUAGGUGUUUGCGUUAGCGGUGUGAAUCUGCGUGUCAGUCUUUGUGCUGAUCGAACAGUGAACAGAGCUGUGAACAGAGGGCGCCACAUUCCGCAUUCUCUCCACAUUCUCCUCAGCAAGAGCGGCAGAGGCGAGAAGUCGGUGUGGUGCCCAGAGCGUGGCACCUGACUCUGCGCAUUGUGGUUGAUAAAGAACCAGGAUGGCGGCCAAUUCAGCUCUCCUGGUUCGGCAAUCCGUGCAAGCAUUCUCUCUUGCCAGCACCUCGGUCAACUCAAGAAGCACUGCAGCCGCAGCUCUGCAGGUUCCUGGGAGGAAUGGCACCCAACUCCUUCCAGCCAGAUUGUCCAGCGUGACUUCCACUUUUCAGGGGAUCAUGUGUGGCUUUGAUAAAGCAGUCAACCUGGGAGGUACGAAGAAGCCUGCAGGGGUGUGCAUGGCUUGGGGGGGUUCGCUGGCGUCAGUGAGGCUGAUCAUCCAGGGGAAGCACAUGGACUUGACGGACUCGAUCAAGGCUUACAUUGAGGAGAAGAUUGGGAAGGCCGUAGAGAAGCAUGUCCAGCUGGUGCGCGAAGUUGACGUGCGAUUAUCGACGAGGGGGGGCGACCACGCGCUGAGCCACCAGGGCCACCAGAAGGGGAAGCCCACCCAAAGGGCUGAGGUAACAAUCUACACGAAGAAGCACGGCAUUGUGCGCGCGGAGGAGGACAGCGAGCGCGCCUACUCGAGCAUCGACCUCGUGGCCGAUGUUGUUGAGCGCAAGCUGCGCAAGAUCAAGGAGAAGGACGGCGGGAAUGGGCGCAACUGGCAGAUGCGGCACAAGCCGAACGUGGAGGAGCUGCUCCCCGCGGUGUCCGUAUCGUCGGUGCCGGACCUCGACUUCGACGAGGCGGAACUCAGCGACCAGGAGGGAAGCCCGGAGCAAAAGUCGCUGCUGGGAGAGAUUGUCCGCACAAAGCGGUACUCCAUUCCCCCCAUGACCACGGAGAGUGCGAUGGACGAGCUUCUUAACGUUGGUCACGACUUCUUUGCAUUCCGGAGCAUCGAGACAGGUGACGUCAACAUUUUGUACCGGAGGAGGUCCGGCGGGUUCGGGCUCAUCAUUCCAAGGGAGGAUGAGCCUUGGGAGAAGUUCACCCCUGGCGUUGCUCAGGCUAGGAAGUAGUCAAGCCGGGUUUGCAGUAAUGCUGACGUCAGGGCUGAUUGUGCGUAGGCCAUGGUCGGUCGUUGGCAUCAGCCUGUCCCUUCUGUGGAUUCGCGCGAAUGUGUUGAAGCUGUGGAAAAGUUGCCGUACUUAGACGCAAGUUCCUAGAGCAGGGUAGAAGUAAAGGGCAGGAAGAGGUUAGUCAAUUGUAGUUCAGAAAACGGAUGUCGAGGGGGCAUUGGGGUUGCAUCCCGGCAGUGUAAGAACCGAGCUUAAAAUUCGCAAACCUAGUUGUACACUCCUAAGACAGGGAUCAGCAUCGUCGACUUUCCUUCCGGCGUAUCUGUGUGCUAUCUAUAUGAUUUCCCUCUGCAUGUAUCAUGG